AUGCUCGGAAUUCUCUCAAUUUCUUCGUUUUCAAUAUUUUUUGGAUAUAAACUAAAUGAUUUAUUGCGCAAAAAUUUUUAUCUAAGUAAUGAGAGAAUUAUAGAAACAAAUAUAGAUUAUGAAAUUGAAAAUUAUAUUGAAUCACAUUCUUUGACACAGUUAUUACGAUCAAAACCAUAUAUUUCUGAAACAAGACCUUAUUUGGAUCUUUCUUUAAAAUUCAAGUCAUUUAAUUUUACAGCAGGUCUACUUUUUGGUAAAGGGAGAAUAUCAGUUGCUCCAUAUUGUUUUUAUGAUGAAAAGGAAAAGGAGAUUACAAUUAUUUUUCAUUUAGGAACUCAAAUAUGUGGUUAUGAAAACAUUAUUCAUGGAGGGCUUCUUGCAACAUUAAUAGAUGAAGGAUUUGCAAGAUGUUCUUAUUUGAUGUUUCCUAAUAAACCAAGAUUUACUGCUAAUCUUAAUAUUAAUUAUAGGGCUCCUGCAAAGGCGAAUAAUUAUUAUGUUCUUAAAGCAAAAGUUACAAAAAUGGAAGGAAGAAAGGUUUGGAUUGAAGGACAUAUUGAAACAUUAAGUUCUUAUUCAUUAUUUUCGAAUAAAGGAAAUAAGCCUGUAAUUAUUGCGGAUGCAACUGCAUUAUUUAUUGAGCCUAAAAAUUCUUCAUUGAUCAAGAAAAUUAUAUCUAUUUGA